CGUCCGUGCGCGCUUUCCGACCCUCGAGUUCAACCAGCCAAGCCAAGCCAAGCCAAGGCCCGGCACAAUGGGGAGCAAGGCCCUGCCGGCGCCGAUCCCGCUGCACCCUUCGCUGCAGCUGACCAACUAUUCCUUCUUGCAAGCCGUCAAUACGUUCCCGGCCGCAGUGGACCACCUGCAAGGCCUCUACGGCCUGAGCGCCGUCCACACCAUGCACAUGAACCAUUGGACGCUGGGCUGCUACGCAGCCGCGGCCGCCGCCGCCACUGCCACGGGCGGCAGCGGCGGGCCAGCCGAGAUCGGCCGCUGCUCGGCGCUGAGCGAGAUGGCGGCGGCGCAGGGGCUGGUGGAGCGCUUCCCCUUCCCGGCGCUGCCCUUCGCCACGCACCUGUUCCACCCCAAGCAGGCCGCCGCCAUCGCGCACGUCCUGCCGGCGCUGCGCAAGGAGCGGCCCCGCUUUGACUUCGCCAACCUGGCGGCCGCCGCCACCCAAGAGGACCCGCCCAAGGCGCACGCGGUGGCGGCGGCCGCGCAGGCUCAGGGCGAGCUGGCCAAGCUGGGCGGGCCGCUCUCGGCGGCGCUGGGCAAGCUCUCCCCCGACAGCCGGAAGCCGGCGCGCGGCCGGCUGCCCUCCAAGACCAAGAAGGAGUUCAUCUGCAAGUUCUGCGGGCGGCACUUCACCAAGUCCUACAACCUGCUCAUCCACGAGAGGACCCACACCGACGAGCGGCCCUACACCUGCGACAUCUGCCACAAGGCCUUCCGGAGGCAGGACCACCUGCGCGACCACAGGUAUAUCCACUCCAAAGAAAAGCCAUUCAAGUGCCAAGAGUGUGGGAAAGGAUUUUGCCAAUCCAGGACUCUAGCGGUUCAUAAAACUUUACAUAUGCAGGAAUCUCCACACAAAUGCCCCACAUGUGGAAGAACCUUUAAUCAAAGAAGUAACCUGAAAACUCACCUUCUCACCCAUACAGACAUCAAGCCCUACAACUGUGAGCAGUGCGGCAAAGUGUUCAGGCGCAACUGUGAUCUGCGGAGGCACAGUCUAACUCACACCCCGCGGCAGGACUUCUAGAGCAGCCGAGAACCCCCUCCCUGGGGAGCUAAUUCAGGCUCAAGGACUUGAACUGUAGCGUAAUCUUUAUGUCCACGCGGGUGAUGUGGGCAGGUGCAUCUAGGAGCUUGGCCCCAUAUCCCCCAGUUCCAGCCAGGCCUCUUUCAGUGGUGGUGGGGGAGGGAUGCCAGCUCCAAGUGUUCUCCCUGCACGAGCGGAGCGGGCAGGCUGGUUCCUUGUACAUAGUAACGGAGCAGCUCAUUUUCGAGCUCGGCACAGAAAUGUGUUUGCUUUCUAUUGUCUUACCAAAUGCACAUUGGUACCAACAGCAAAGCCUGGGAGUGAAGAUACCUUUUUCAAAUUGUAUUUCCAAAUAAACACUUUCCCUCUAAAUGUAA